AUGAAGACUUUCCAUGAGAAGUUGACAGACAGGGAGCUGAAUCCCUCUAUGUUUAAGAUUAUUAGUUUGAUCCUAAAUUUUAACCAAGUACUGAAGAAAUCUACAAAACUCUGUUCCUGGUUUGCAUUUUUGCAGGUCAUUUCUGAAAUUAUUGAAACAUGCCGUGCACAUGACUUUACAGAUGUUGUGUUGGUUCAUGAGCAUCGUGGACAACCAGAUGGUUUAAUUGUUUGCCAUUUACCAUUUGGUCCAACUGCUUACUUUGGAUUACUCAAUGUGGUUACAAGACAUGACAUAAAAGACAGGAAGUCUAUAGGAACAAUGCCUGAGGUUUAUCCUCAUCUAAUUCUUAACAACUUCUCCACCAAGCUGGGUCAAAGGACUGCAAACAUUCUGAAGCAUCUCUUUCCUGUUCCCAAACCAGAUUCAAAGCGCAUCAUCACUUUUGCUAACCAGUCUGACUAUAUCUCAUUUAGACAUCAUACAUACGAGAAACAUGGGGGCCCUAAAUCACUUGAGCUUAAGGAGAUUGGUCCUCGCUUUGAGUUGCGCCUUUAUCAGAUCAAACUGGGGACGGUGGAUCAGAGUGAAGCCCAGAAUGAAUGGGUAAUCAGACCAUACAUGAACACUGCGAAGAAACAGAAAAUUCUUGGAGAUUGACCCAUCUCAUAGACAUCCCAACCAUUUUGUAACAGGUUCUCUCAUUUAUUUUUGUUGGGGU